CGUCGAUCAUUGCAAGAGCCUGCAAGAGCCUAAAUCUUGCCGGUGCAUGCAUCGUCGUCGUCGUACCAUUGUCCAGAAUGGAUGCAGGCUAGGGCUUGCAUGAAUGCCACAAGCUAGGGGCAGCGAUGCGGCACCGGAAGAGCCUUGGGGCAGCUCUUUGGGCAGCAGCCGGGCUCUUGCUCCGCGUGCGGCUGGCGACGGCGCAGCGUAUCCACCUGAAGGGCGAGCCUAAAUCCGGGACGACGUGGUUCGAGGCGCUCUUCGUACAGCUAGGGAUGCUCUGCGUCAAAGAUUGUCAAAUGUGGACGACGCGAGGCACUACACGCGACCGCGCCCUCCACAUGCACAUACGACAAGGCAAUCGCACGACGGUGGAGGUCACAACGGUGAAGAAACACACGAUCCCGGACAUGGUCGGGGGCUGCGUGGCGCACCCGAACACCCUAGUCCACGUUCGCGCGCCGUGCGCGCUCACGGAGGCGAGCGACGAGCGCGAUGUUGAGACCUGCGCGGCGCGCUGUCGGGGCGCAUCUUCGAAAGUAAAAUAUUGCGGUACGACUCGUCGGAGGCCGUGUGCAAAUCAACCCGUGCAUGAAACGGACGCCGCCGCCCACAUCCACCGCGACCCGCGCGCCGUCGCCGUGAGCGCCUGCUACCACCUCCACCAGGAGGCGGAUCUAGACGGCUGCGUGCGCGAGCGCUACGUGACGACGGCCCUCUGGAUGCGCUUUCGUCAGGCCUGGUUCUCUGACCGCGCGCUGCUAGACGUCGCCUACGAGGAUCUCGUGCGGUGUCCCCACGAGUCCCUCCGCCGCAUGGCCGCGGCGCUCGGGUUUCCGGCCGUAGCUGACGCGGCGCUGGCGCGCGCCCUGGAUGCGGCGGCCGGCGCACGGACGCGCCACAGGCACCACGUUGGCACCUACCGCGACGACCCACGCCUCGGCAACGCGACGCUCGCCUGGAUGGACGCGAUUCAUGCCCGCCUCAACUUCAGCGAGGCCUACGCGGCCGGCUCUUGUUCCACGGUGCGAGGGGAUACUGACUUUUAGAUA